AUGAUUAACACAUUGACAGAUCAAUCAUUAUUACGACGAUGUUUACGAGGUGCGACUCAAAAUGCAAACGAAUCCAUUAAUUCUGUCAUUUGGUCCAUUUUACCAAAAGCAAAAUAUCAUGGAUAUCGAUCAAUUCGAGGUGCUGCAGCAAUUGCAGCAAUUUUCUUCAAUCGUGGACGAUCGGGUCUGAUCAAAUUCUUUGAUCAGGUGGGUAUAUCUAUUACUGAAGAGUUGUUGAAUGCUCUUCUAGGAAAAGAUAGUAAACGAGUUGCAAAAGCUGAAGAUAAUACUCAACGACAAGAAAUCAUUAAAAAAUAUAAGAAACAACAACGACUUCAAUCACAAGUGGCUGAAGAAGAAGAGAUGGACUAUCGAGCCGGAAUGUUCUAA